AUGACAAGUCAAAAGAAGAAUGAUUCUACAGAAACAAACUCAACUAGAUCAUUCCAAAUUAAAGAUGUUUUCAGUCUGGAAAAUGAGGGUGCUGAUGACAUGACAACCUUGAUUGACAGAAAGGACAACGUGUUUGUCAUGUCAAAUCGCAAAUCAAAGUAUCCUAUGCUACAAGUGGAUUUAAGAUUAAUUUCAGAUUUAGUUGUGAUAGUCUCGGCGACAAUUGGUGGUAUUACCUUUUCAUGCUUGGGGCAGCCAGUCAUUGUUGGCUAUCUUCUUGCGGGUUCUCUAAUUGGUCCUGGAGGUCUGAACUUCAUCAAUGAAAUGGUGCAGGUGGAGACAUUUGCUCAGUUUGGUGUUGUGUUUCUUCUAUUUGCAUUGGGACUCAAGUUUUCUUUGACAAAGUUAAAAGUUGUUGGACCUGUUGCUGUUCUUGGAGGGCUACUUCAGAUCAUUAUUUUCAUGUUACUCUGUGGUCUAACUGCAAUGCUAUGUGGUGCAAAUUUAUCUGAAGGCAUAUUUGUCAGCUCUUUUCUAUCGAUGUCAUCAACUGCAGUGAUCUCAAAAUUUUAAGUGGAAAGAAGUAGCACAAACGCUCUUCAUGGUCAAGUUACUAUUGGAACCCUUAUUCUUCAGGAUUGUGCAGUGGGCUUACUGUUUGCUCUACUGCCUAUUUUAGGUGGUAGUAGUGGCCUUUUCCGGGGACUAAUGUCAAUGACAAAACUGCUGCUAGUUUUGUCCAUCUUCAUGUUUGUUGCAUCUCGUUGUCUUGGUCUUUUUGUUCCACGCUUCCUGAAGCUCAUGAUACGGUUGUCAUCUCAAACAAAUGAAUUAUAUCAGUUGGCAGCUGUUGCUUUCUGCUUGUUAUUAGCAUGGUGCAGUGAUAAACUAGGCCUUAGUCUUGAGUUGGGAGCAUUUGUUGCUGGAGUUAUGAUAUCAACUACUGACUUUGCACAGCAUACCUUGGAACAGGUGGAAGCCAUUCGGAACCUAUUUGCAGCGCUAUUCCUGGCAAGCAUUGGAAUGCUCAUACAUGUGCAGUUCUUGUGGAACCAUGUUGAUAUAUUGCUUGCCUCUGUGAUUUUAGUAGUGGUUGUUAAGACUGUGGUUAUCACAGUAGUGGUCAAAGCUUUUGGUUAUGGAAUCAGAACAUCAAUUCUUGUGGGUCUAUCGCUUGCUCAAAUUGGAGAAUUCGCUUUUGUUCUGUUGAGCCGUGCCUCAAACCUUCACCUUGUUGAGGGGAAGAUGUAUCUUCUACUUCUGGGAACAACAGCUCUCAGCCUGGUUACAACUCCUCUCAUGUUCAAAAUAAUUCCUGUUGUGAUGCACCUAGGCACUCUUAUGCAUUGGUUUCCAGCUGAAAGCAGCUCACAGAAUGAGGAGAGAACUUCAGUUCAUGAGCUACACAAUAGGGCAUUAUAAUGGUGACUACUAGUGUUCAUACAUUUUGAUCUGUUGAGCUUAAGAAGCACUACAUUGAAUCGAGCUCGGAACAUGUCGGAUUCCAGCUUCAUAUGGAUACAUUGGAUUCUUGAUAGCAAAGAAUACGCAAAAUCUCCAGGGCAGCCAGCAUCUUGGAGAUCUUUUAACCUAUAGAUAUCUUCUUACUUUCCCAGUACACAGUAUUUGUAAAAGCCACUCUUUCUUCCCUUUUGCAUAGUAAGCAUUGAUUGUCUUAGCUGUAGUAGUUGUUAAAGACGAGCCAUUCAAUGUCUUUGUAUAGAGGUAUUAGCAUGAAUUCUGCAAUUGCUGA